AAGUACUCCUUCCCCCUCCACUCAUUCCACCUUUCUCCUCUCCUUUUCCUCAUCACAUCAAACAACAUUCAAAUCAAAUCCCCACUCUCUCUCUCUCUCUCUCUCUCACACACACACACAAUAUAAAACAAACAUUUUCCCCUCCAUGAGGCACAACAUGAAUGAUCAUGAGGAGGAAGAGGAGGAGCUGUUCACGGGAGGGCGGCGCUGCAUACUCGUGAACGGCCCCCUGAUCGUUGGAGCGGGCCCCUCCGGGCUAGCAGUCGGGGCGGGCCUGAAGCGAGAAGGCGUCCCCUUCGUCAUCCUAGAGCGAGCCAACUGCAUUGCCUCGCUGUGGCAGAGGAAGACAUACGACCGCCUUAAUCUCCACCUCCCGAAGCACUUCUGCCAGCUCCCUUACAUCCCCUUCCCUCCCCAUUUCCCCGAAUAUCCCACCAAGCGCCACUUCAUCGACUACCUCGAGGCCUACGCCCAACACUUUGCCAUAUCUCCGAUGUUCGACGAGACUGUUGAGUCCGCCAAGUACGAUCAGGCGUGCGGGCUGUGGCGUGUAAAGAGCGCCAACGUGGACGGCUCCACCGCUGAUUAUUUGUGCCGGUGGCUGGUGGUGGCCACCGGAGAGAAUGCGGAGAAGGUGGUCCCGGAGUUUGAAGGGCUGGAUGGCUUCGCCGGAGAGGUGGUGCAUGCCUGUGAUUACAAGUCCGGGAAGGGGUUUGCCGGGAAGAAGGUUUUGGUUGUUGGGUGUGGGAAUUCCGGCAUGGAAGUCUCUCUUGAUCUCUCCAACCACCGUGCUCUUCCAUCUAUGGUCGUCCGCAGCUCUAUACAUGUGUUGCCAAAGGAUGUGUUUGGGGUGUCGACAUUUGAGCUGGCUGGUCUGAUGACGAAAUGGCUGCCGCUUUGGGUGGCUGACAAGAUACUGGUGGCGGCGGCGCGGCUGAUUCUUGGGGACACGGAGAGGUAUGGGCUGAAGCGGCCGGCGAUGGGGCCGCUGCAGCUGAAGCAUACAGAGGGGAAGACCCCUGUUCUUGACAUAGGUGCACUUGCAAGGAUAAGGUCAGGAGACAUCAAGGUGGUUUGUGGGAUCAACAAGUUUUUGGAGGAAGGUGUUGAGCUUGUUGAUGGACAGAUUCUUUGUGUUGAUUCUGUCAUCAUGGCCACUGGAUACUCUAGCAAUGUGCCCACAUGGUUAAAGGAAAGUGAGUUCUUUACAAAGGAUGGUUUUCCAAGAUCACCAUUUCCAAAUGGUUGGAAGGGGAAAGAUGGGCUUUAUGCGGUUGGUUUUACAAGAAGAGGGCUCUCGGGUGCAUCGGCCGACGCGGUCCGAGUUGCGCAAGACAUAGCUCAGAUUUGGAAUCAAGAAAUUAAGCACAAGAGCCAUGUCGUGGGAGUCGCCUGCAAUAGAAGAUGAUGCAAGCCUUAGUUUAAUUACUAGGAGUAAUAAUUUGAUGACCAAUUCUUUUCUAGUUUUUUUUUCUCUCUCUUUUCACCUAUAUUUUGUUGUGUGUUGGUCUAGUUUUACCAGCACAUUGACAGAUAAGGGGAGUUUGGUUAGGCAAAUGGUAGAAGAAAAGAAAGUAUAAAACAAAAAAGAACAAAAACAAAAGCCCUCUUCAAUAAGAGUGCCUUACAUUUUAGCAUUUUUUUUCUUGUAAAAAGGGAGAUGAGGCUUUCUUGAUUAAACUUUUUUUCUUUAAUGUCAAGAGA